GUGUGGCGUGGGGUCUGCGGCCGGGGCCAGAGCCGCCGCGGACCAUGAGUUGGGUGUAGAUUCUGGAAGGAUCCUGCCUCUGUUGGAGCUUUUGCUGCCAGGCAGGAGCAACUGUGAGCUAGAGGGAAGCAGAAGUCUAGGAAGAUGAGCUCCAAGAUGGCCACGAGUGAACCAAGACUGAACUGGGAUGUUUCCCCCAAAAAUGGCCUUAAGACAUUUUUCUCUCGAGAAAAUUAUAAAGAUCAUUCCAUGGCUCCAAGUUUAAAAGAACUGUGCGUUUUAUCUAACAGACGUAUAGGAGAAAAUUUGAAUGCCUCAGCAAGUUCUGUAGAAAAUGAGCCGGCAGUUAGUUCAGCAACUCAAGCAAAGGAAAAAGUUAAAACCACAAUUGGAAUGGUUCUUCUUCCAAAACCAAGAGUUCCUUAUCCUCGUUUCUCUCGUUUCUCACAGAGAGAGCAGAGGAGUUAUGUGGACUUGUUGGUUAAAUACGCAAAAUUUCCUGCAAAUUCCAAAGCUGUUGGAAUAAAUAAAAAUGACUACUUUCAGUAUUUGCAAAUUUUAAAAGCUUGCAUUGAACAAGUGAAAAGGUAUCCAGAAUUUUAUACUCUUCAUGAAGUCACCAGCUUAAUGGGAUUCUUCCCAUUCAGAACAGAGAUGGGAUUAAAGUUAGAAAAAACUCUUCUUGCAUUGGGCAAUGUAAAAUAUGUGAAAACAGUAUUUCCCUCAAUGCCUGCAAAAUUGCAGCUCUCAAAAGAUAACACAGCUACCGUUGAAACACCAGAACAAACAGCUGAAGCUAUGCAUUAUGAUAUUAGUAAAGAUCCAAAUGCAGAGAAGCUUGUUUCAAGAUACCACCCUCAGAUAGCUCUAACUAGUCAAUCAUUAUUUACCUUAUUAAAUAAUCAUGGACCAAACUACAAGGAACAGUGGGAAAUUCCAGUGUGUAUUCAAAUAAUACCUGUCACAGGUUCAAAACCAAUUAAAGUAAUAUAUAUUAAUUCACCACUUCCCCAAAAGAAAAUGACAAUGAGAGAGAGAAAUCAAAUGUUUCAUGAAGUUCCAUUAAAACUCAUGAUGUCCAAAAACACAUCUGUUCCAGUCUCUGCAGUAUUUAUGGACAAACCUGAAGAGUGUAUAUCUGAAAUGGAUACAUCCUAUGAAGUUAAUGAGUGCCGAAAAAUUGAGACUCUUGAAAAUUCGGAUCUGGAUUUCGAUGAUGAUGUCACAGAACUUGAAACUUUUGGAGUAACCACCAGCAAUCCAUCAAAGUCACCAAGUCCAGCAAAUACUUCUGUAGUACCCAACAUGACAAAUACUCCCACAGCCCCCAAAGCAACAGCUAUACCUGUGGCACCAAGUGCACCAGACAUUUCUGCUAAUUCUAGAAGUUUAUCUCAGAUGCUGAUGGAACAAUUGCAAAAGGAGAAAGAACUGGUCACUGGUAUGGAGGGUGGCGCCGAAGAGUGCAAAAAUAAAGAUGAUCAGGAAGGUGAAUCAUGUGGUGAAAAGGUGUCAAAUUCUGACAAGUCAUUGAUGCAAGAUAGUGACUUGAAAACAUCUGAGGCCUUGCAGUUAAGAAGUUCUAAGGAAAUUGAAAUUUCUAAUAAAACUGAUAUGACUACAGAUGUGGUACAUGCCAAUGAUGAAAGACUAAAUGUUCUAGAAAACAUAGACAACUCAAAGGAAAAAACUGUUACAUCAGAAGCAGCUAAAACUGAAGAUGUAAUUCUUUGCAAUAGUGAUACAGACGAGGACUGUUUAAUCAUUGAUACAGAGUGUAAAAAUAAUAAUAAUAAUGGAAAGACAGCUGUUGUGGGUUCUAAUUUAAGCUCUAAACCAGCUAGCCCAAAUUCUUCCUCAGGACAGGCAUCUGUAGGAAACCAGACUAAUACUACUUGUAGUCCAGAAGAAUCAUGUGUUUUAAAAAGACCUAUCAAACGAGUGUAUAAAAAAUUUGAUCCAGUUGGAGAGAUUUUAAAAAUGCAAGAUGAGCUCUUAAAGCCAAUUUCCAGAAAAGUACCUGAAUUACCCUUGAUGAAUUUAGAAAAUUCUAAACAGCCUUCUGUUUCUGAGCAACUCUCUGCUCCUUCAGAUGCCUCCAAUUGGCCAAAAUCUGCAUGGCCUUCUGCAUUUCAGAAGCCAAAAGGACGAUUGCCAUAUGAACUUCAGGACUAUGUCGAAGAUACAUCGGAAUAUCUAGCUCCCCAGGAAGGAAAUUUUGUUUAUAAGUUAUUUAGUCUGCAAGACUUGUUGUUACUCGUGCGUUGCAGUGUCCAGAGGAUAGAAACAAGACCACGUUCUAAAAAACGGAAGAAAAUCAGAAGACAAUUUCCAGUUUAUGUACUACCAAAAGUAGAGUAUCAAGCUUGUUACGGAGUUGAAGCUCUGACUGAAAGUGAACUUUGUCGCUUAUGGACUGAAAGUUUAUUGCAUUCCAACUGUUCAUUUUAUGUUGGGCAUAUUGAUGCAUUUACUUCAAAGCUUUUCCUGCUAGAAGAAAUUACCUCAGAAGAAUUAAAAGAAAAGCUUUCAGCACUCAAGAUUUCAAGUUUAUUUAACAUCCUCCAACACAUUCUAAAGAAAUUAAGUAGCUUGCAGGAGGGUUCCUACUUGUUGUCUCAUGCAGCAGAAGAUUCUUCACUCCUGAUCUACAAGACCUCUGAUGGAAAAGUUACUAGAACAGCAUAUAAUUUGCAUAAAACACAUUGCGGCCUUCCUGGUGUACCUUCUAGUCUGUCAGUUCCCUGGGUCCCAUUAGAUCCAAGUCUCUUAUUGCCGUAUCAUAUCCAUCAUGGAAGAAUACCUUGUACUUUUCCACCCAAAUCACUGGAUCCUACAACACAACAAAAGGUUGGUGGAACAAGAAUGCCUACACGCAGCCACAGGAAUCCAGUUUCCAUGGAAACCAAAGGCAGUUGCUUGCCUGCUCAGCAAGUUGAAAAUGAAGGAGUGGCUUCAAAUAAAAGAAAAAUAACUUAAGGACUGUACCGUGGAAAAUGAAAUUUCAGAAAAACGAAUUAUAACAAUGUUUAAUUUAGAAAAGUUUGAGGGGAAAUAUGCUUAAAAGAUCAGUAGGCAAGAGGAACAUUUUUCCUAUAGUAUCCUCAAGAGUUCUUAGAGUGCCUUGAAAAAAAUAUGUUGGCCAUGUGAAGAAUGUUUCAAUGAAGUGGAAUGUUAUGUUCUUCACCCUUAAAGUUUUAGGAGAAUCUAAUCUAGAUGUUUUAACAUUAUCAUAACAGGGAAAUAUAU